UUCUAAUCUAUUUAUAUACUGACAGUAUAGACUUAAAUCAAGAAUAUUCAAGACCGCAUUCGGUUAGAGGCAUUUCAAGGACCUUUAGGAGAGAGACUCCACACGAAGCAUUGUUUUCCCACAUUCCGACCACAAUUUUCCGUUUUAUUUGAUAAUUCUCACUCUAAACGUUUCUCAUUUGCUUUUUGUUUCAUUCCAUCGAAAUCAACUAACCUAAUCAUUCCGAAUUCGUGUAACCAAUAUUCUGGACAUCCCAAAAUAACCUUACCCGCUACCAAAACCUGUAAAUACGCAAACCCAUCAAAAUCAGCCCCAAAGUAAAUGCCAGAUCGAAAGUCACUCCAUACUCGUACACUCGAAUGCAAGUCCGUCCCUGUGAUCCCACAUGUGUUCGUGUCUGAGCUAUCAAACAGAAAAGUUUAUAAACACUUUGUGUGCUCAAUGCAAAGCAAUGCGACGUGCAAACAUCAAACGUGGUCAGUGUUUGAGCCUAAGACCACAAGGUAGCAGCAAAAUGGAUCGCUACGAGAAGCUCAGUCGGUUGGGCGAAGGCUCCUAUGGCGUUGUCUACAAGUGCCGGGAUCGGGAAACGGGUGCCCUAGUGGCGGUAAAGAGGUUUGUAGAGUCCGAGGACGAUCCAGCCAUACGAAAAAUUGCACUGAGAGAAAUUAGGCUACUGAAGAACCUCAAGCACCCGAACCUGGUCUCCCUGCUGGAAGUGUUCCGCCGGAAGCGGCGCCUCCACCUGGUCUUCGAGUUCUGCGAGCUGACGGUACUCCACGAGCUGGAGCGGCAUCCGCAGGGCUGCCCGGAGCACUUGACCAAACAGAUCUGCUACCAGACCCUGCUGGGCGUGGCCUACUGUCAUAAGCAGGGCUGCCUGCACCGCGACAUCAAGCCGGAAAAUAUCCUGCUGACGGCCCAGGGGCAGGUGAAGCUGUGCGACUUUGGCUUCGCCCGCAUGCUGAGUCCAGGAGAGAACUACACGGACUACGUGGCCACCAGAUGGUACCGUGCGCCGGAGCUCCUGGUAGGCGACACCCAGUACGGCACCCCAGUAGACGUGUGGGCCAUCGGGUGCCUCUUCGCCGAGCUGGUGCGGGGCGAGGCCCUGUGGCCUGGACGCAGCGACGUCGACCAGCUCUACUUGAUCCGCAAGACCCUCGGCGACCUGCUGCAGCGCCACAUCCAGAUCUUCGGACAGAACGAGUACUUCAAGGGCAUCACGCUGCCUGUGCCGCCCACGCUGGAGCCGCUGGAGGACAAGAUGCCAGCCAAGUCGCAGCAGAACCCCUUGACUAUCGACUUUCUCAAAAAGUGCCUGGACAAGGACCCAGCCAAGCGCUGGUCCUGCGAGAAGCUCAUCAAGCACUCCUACUUCGACGACUACAUCGCCAGGCAGCGGGAGCUGGAGCACGUCAAUAGCCUGGAGGCGGCCAAUCUCCGCCAGCAGCAACUCGCCUCCCAGCAGUUCAUGCUGGCCACAGCGGCCCAGCAACUGCAGACGGGUCCGGCCCAGGCGGCGGCCAUCGCGGCGUCCCGGGACAAAUCAAAGACUUCGAACACAUCAUUACCGCUGCUGCCCAGCACGCAGCAUCAUCACCAUCCGCACCAGGACUACGUGAAGCUGCAGCCUCUGAACAAGAACGCAAACCUUCUCCAUCGCACCGAGCAUCACCUGCCCACAAUCUGAGCGGGAAUCGUAGUUAGGAAACGCCCCUGCCGUGCAAGCCAGGUUGAGCAAAGGAUUGCCCAAAUUGUAUUUUAUGUACUGGUGGGAAUAAAUGUGCAUAAGUA